AUCAGUCUACUUGGACAUGUUACACGAGCGCGUGAAUGGAAAAUUACACGGGAUAGGAUGGGUGUUGCAAUAUCUACUGUUAUUUGUCACAGCAUGCUAAGCCUACGGUCGGAGCUUUGAUACUUUGAUCUGUGCUUUGAUAAUCCAGAGUAAAGAAAACAAUCAUGGAAGUGCAGUUCGAAAAUGCAAAAACGGCAAUCGAUAAUCAGGUAAAGGAGCUGAGAGAUCUUGGCCACGAAAUCUGGCGGAAUCCUGAGCUGGGUCGACAGGAAUACCACGCUCAUCAACUGUUGACAUCGUUCCUACGUGACCGUGGCUUCGAGGUCGAGGAACAGUUCAUCUCCCCGACGGGCUUUCGCGCCUGGUACGGUGCUGCUGACCCAGAGGCCGGUAAGCUUCACGUUUGCCUACUCUGCGAGUACGAUGCCUUGCCAGAGCUCGGCCAUGCAUCCGGCAGGAAUCUCAUUGCCGAGGCUACCGUUGCUGCAGCACUGGGAAUCAAGGCUGUCAUCGAAAAGAACAGUAACGGCAAGAGACUCGGAAAGAUUACCGUCCUUGGCUGUCCAGACCAAGAAGGUAAUGGCACCAAAAUCGACGCCAUCAAUCAGAACUUUUUCAAGGACGUGGACUUGGCCAUGACGGUUACGCCGUACAGCACCAACAUCAGCAAGCCCACGAUGCUGACUGUCAUGAGGGUGAUGCUGACCUAUCACGGCAAGGCAGCUCAUGCCUCAGCUCAACCCUGGGAAGGACGCAACGCUCUGGAUGCUGCCGUUCUCUGCUAUAACAACAUCUCCGUCAUGAGACAGCAGUUGAAACCUUACAUGCAGAUCCACGGUGUAAUCUCUAGUGGGGGCAUCAAACCAAAUAUCAUCCCAGAAAAAACGGAGAUGAAGUUCUACCUUCGGGCAAAAGACCACAUUGACAUUGCCUUCUUGCAGCAACGCGCCAAUGCAGCCUUUGUAGCCGCAGCCAAGGCAACGCACUGCGAGAUCGAGUUCAACUUCACUGAUCAUCCUUACUCCAACCUCCUCUCCAACGACACCCUGGCAGACACCUACAAGAAACACGCCCAAGCCCUGGGAAUGGAGUUCACCACAUGCUGUGACGUGCUGACUACGCCCGUGGGUUCCUCAGAUGCUGGAAAUGUCUCACACAUUGUGCCGUGCAUUGUGCCAGCCUUCGAUAUAGAGGGCGGUGUUGUUAAUAACACAGCUGACUUCACAGCAGCCGCCGGAGAGGAGACUGCCCAUUGUAGCUCGAUACGAGUGGCCAAAGCCUUAGCUCUGACAGCCAUUGAGGCUAUGAACGAUGAAGUUGUCAUGGAGAAAGUCAAGGGGGACUUCACAGCUGCAAACGGCGAUUCCCUAGCCCUAACCAGUUGGAAAUGAAUUUGAACUUUGACCUCAUUUUGUCAUGCUCAUCUUAUGGAAACAUUACUUUCAUUAUCAUGUAAAAACGUAAAUACAAACAGACUGUUUGAUACUGUUCCCACAUUGACUGAAGCAGGCUUCAGCUCUUGUGCCUAGGGCUAGGUCCAGAUCUUUGCCGCUAGCAGACAGAAUUGUGUUGCUAGCAGCCCGUUGCAGAUGUAGUCUUGGUUUGUGACUCAGCUGUGAAGUCUAACUUCAGUUGAUUUAGUCAGUUUUGCACUAGCUUAAAGACAGAUUAUGCAUGUUGCUGCAACUGAUUUGAUGUAAGCAAAAAGAAUGUAAAAUGUUUCCAGUAGAUUAUAUUUGAAAUUUAUUUGUACGUGUACAUUGUAUCCAUACAUUUAAGAUUUACUACAAAACUAGAGGACAUGAAUUUCCUUGGCUUACUUAUAUGCAUGAAAUAAUGAUGUUAAUGAUGUAAAACUGGAAAAAACUUGGGUCAAAAUGAAGAUUUUCUAAGCCAAGGUUCGGUGGUACUGUAUUCCAGUAACUGCUGAAUAUGUUGGUUAAUGUCCGGAUUCAUCUAUUGAUUAUGAAAUGUAUAAAUUCCAAAUUAUUUUUUCUGGCGUUAUUAUUGAUUGUGAUUAUUGAUAAUCUAAUUCAUGCCUGGAGUUGACCAAAAAUUAUGUAUUGAUAGACGAAUGACAUACUGUUGUUGUCAUAAUGGCAUGAUGACUAUGCUCCACAUUGCGAUCAGUGUACAGUAUUUAGAUUAGAGUUCCAAUGUCCAUUGAAAAUGUAUAGAAAACGUCACUGGUUUCCUGAACAGUAGAGAAUUUUAUAGCAUUCAGGAAGGUUUCAAGCAACAAUGACUUGACAGUGAAGUGCUUCCGUUGUAUAUCUCAUAUACAUCAUGUUGAAGUUAACUUAUCUCUGUUGACAAAAUGACAACAGAUUUACUAACUCUAUGAUUACCAAGUAAUUCUAACAUCUGGAGUGCUUAAAUGCUUUGAAACAGUAAUCCUUUCAGUUGAAAUUUUGAGAGAAAAAAGGUUCAAUCAACUGUUAAAGAACAGUUAUUUGGUUAAUUCCAUAUAGUACAAUUCAGUAUUUAUAAACAAGUUGUAAUACACAGAGCAACAUCUUAACAAACGAAAGAUAAAAUGCGUCAUUGUAUUUUCUAAGCACUUUCUUUUAAUGCUGAAAUAUUUUUAAAUUGCUGCAGCAAAGUUGGAUGCCUAAUUGUUGAGUGCACCACUAUAAGUUGACGAAUUUCCUUUUUGUUGGCUUCUUCAGACAAUCUUGUCAAAACAUUUUGCCGGUAGCCAUGUGUGUGAAAUGUGGGUAGUUAUUAGAAGCCACAAUGGAACAAUGGAGACUUGAUUUGUUGUAUGGAAUAAAACUACAGGCUUUUCUAAGUUAAGUUUAUAGUGCAAGUAUUUAUUGUAAUUGGAUUAAUCCCAGACAGCUUUGAAAAUCUGUAAAAGAGUGCAAAAACGCUGAUUUGUCCCUGGAAGGCGGUCAUGGCAAAAGAAUUAUAGUCACAUUAAGCUGAAACAUUACUCAAAUGUUUGACAUUGCAACCACAAAUACUGUCUUUAUAUACAAGGAAGAUUUAAAAGAUAUGUUGUUACCAUUAAAGUCAUGUUGAUACUUCAAUGGAA